CCUCCUCUUUCUCUCUCUUCUUCCACGAGCUCCAGCAAAGCAGCCACUGCCAGAGUUGCCAAAACCCUAGCUAAGGCUGCUUUCUUCCUUCAUCCAAAAGUAAACGAUGACGAACCCGCUGGACAUGUCUCUAGAUGACCUCAUCAAAUCCAACAGGAAGUCCGGACCCACCCGAACCCGUCCUCCUCGUAAUUCCGGCAAUGGUCCCUCUCGUCGCUUUCCCAAUCGCGCCGCCAACCGUACCGCGCCGUACUCCAAGCCUGUUCAAGCUCCGGAUACGACUUGGCAGCACGAUAUGUUCGUGGACGAUGGAGCGGGUUUUCCGUCAGCUGCUGGUCGAGCUUCUUCGAUAGAGACUGGAACCAAGCUUUACAUUUCCGACUUGGAUUAUGGAGUUUCUAACGAAGACAUUAAGGAGCUAUUUUCAGAAGUUGGUGACAUGAAACGCUAUUCUGUCCACUAUGAUAGAAGCGGAAGAUCAAAGGGAACUGCUGAAGUUGUCUUUUCAAGAAGAACAGAUGCUGCUGUGGCUUUCAAAAGAUACAAUGGUGUUCAAUUAGAUGGAAAGCCAAUGAAGAUUGAGAUUGUAGGAACAAAUGUUGCAACGCCAGUUGCUCUUCCCCCAGCUACCAAUGGCAAAUUUGCAAAUCAAAAUGGUGUCCCCAGAAGUGGCCAAGGAAGAGGUGGUUUCUCAGGGCGGUCUCGUGGUCCUGGACGUGGAGCCAGGAGAGGUCGUGGACAGGGUAGAGGACAGGGGGAAAAGGUAUCUGCUGAGGAUCUUGAUACUGAUUUAGAAAAUUACCACAAAGAAGCUAUGCAAACUGAGUGAUGGCAUCACCAAGUUCCUCAAUCAGCUUGUUUCACGUCACCUGUUGUUGCUCCUACCUCGCCUUAGCACACAUCAUAGCAAUUUGCAAAAAGUAUAUGUUCUGUCUGUCAAAAUGUCACCUGUAUUGGAGAAGGGAAAAGACUCCUGGAUGACUGCCUUAGUUUAGUUUGGAGUACUGGGCAUCAUCCACUAGUAGUUGCUUUAAUUUUGAGAUUGCAUUUGAGUUGAUUGACAUAUAUUGCUUGUCCUUUAGAAAUUUCCCUCCUGCUUUUGUUUGAUUUGCACUUCCAUCACCCAUCAGCGUGUGUGUCUUCUCUCCA